AGAGUGCAGGACAGAGAAAGAGAGAAAGGGGAGAGAGCCGGAGCUAAUGCUGAGACAAAGCGUUUUCAUCUAUGUGGCUUUUUUGUGAUUAUUUAUACAAUGAGUGGCAAAUAUUAACGUGGGGGCUGUGAUAUACUCUCUGAAGUUCAAAACGAGCCAAAUCCUGGAAGCAGUUACCAGCCUAUUUUCUACGGUCAAACUGUAAGAAGACUGGGGACAGUUGCAUGAGGAAGGAAGAAAGAGAGAAGAGUGAAAGAACGGAUCUCUUGCUGCGGGUGUGCUGUCCAGUGCUGAAGCCUGCUUGCCUGCCUGCCUAUACAGGCGCGUAGCACUGAAAGGGAGCUAUCCAGUGCUGAAGUUGCAUUUCUGACCAGCGGAACAAGGCGCUGCCGCACGAAAAUCAGCAGCUCAGCAAGGAGUAGCAGCGUGAGGAUUCGGAAGGGGUCUCACUCAGGCUUUUCCCCCUGAGCUGGCAUCUGAUCACACACAAAUCGACGAACCGAAGAAGCGAUUCCGCACGUCUAUACAGCCCCUUUUCCUCAGCCCUGCAUGAGGAGUGAUAGACUUAACCACCGGACGAGUGUUAUUUUGUUCAAAGUGGAAAAAUGCCAAGAUCUUUUCUGGUCAAAAAGGUUAAGCUCGAUGAUUUCUCAUCUGCUGAUCUGGAGAACCAUUAUGGUAGAGUGAGGUCCGACCUCAGCCUCCGCUUUCAUGAAAAAGGGUACAUCAGUGACUACAUGACCCCGUCUGUCUAUGACGGUGAAAGUGACAAUGGCAUUAAAGUCCCCUCUCCCAGCCCCAUCUACGAUGGCAUCCACAGCGAUGGCAUCCACAGCGACUACGGAGCACCGGACUCGGACCAGCCUGACAGUCCCCAGUCCGAGAUCUCCUCCGGAUACAUCAACGGGGACACCGCCGUGAGCGAGGGCUACACGGUAGAUGCCUUCUUCAUCACGGACGGAAGGUCGAGGAGAAAAGCCAUCAGCAGCCCCAGGACCAUACAGCGUCACACGUGCAACGAGUGUGGAAAGACGUAUGCCACAUCCUCCAACCUGAGCCGGCACAAGCAGACCCACCGGAGCCUGGAGAGCAAGAUGGCCAAGAAGUGCCCCACCUGUGGGAAGGUGUAUGUGUCCAUGCCUGCCAUGGCCAUGCAUCUGCUCACCCACGACCUCAAGCACAAGUGUGACAUAUGUAGCAAGGCCUUCAGUAGACCUUGGCUGCUGCAGGGACACAUGCGGUCACACACUGGCGAGAAGCCCUUUGGAUGCGCACACUGCGGAAAGGCGUUCGCCGACCGCUCCAACCUCCGCGCUCACAUGCAGACGCACUCUGCUUUCAAGCACUACAAGUGCAAGAGAUGCGACAAGACCUUUGCUUUAAAGUCCUACCUGAACAAGCACUAUGAGUCCGCCUGCUUUAAGGGAGAGUUCUCACCUAUGAGCUCCAUUGACGACUGACUUGUAUAGUAUCCAUGAACACAUGAUGAAACUUCUUCCAACGGCAUCCCUAUACUAUUCCCUAGACAACCUGUUCCAUGGUGACAGCACAGGUUUUAUCCACUACUGCAGCAAACAGCAUCACUAAGGAAAUGUUGGAUUACGCAUGUAGCUUGCCCAAACCUUUUUCCACGGGCUAUCCACCCUUGAUCGUGAUAACAACAACUUAUUCAACUAUUAUGAGUCAAAAUUUAAUGUGUUUGCCAAACUCGCAGAACAUUGAAAAUGUCUUAAUUUAAAAGGUCAAACCUUUUUUAAGUAUUGGGCAAUAUUGUAUUGCUGCCAAUGGCCACAAAAGUGUUCAGUAGUGAGGUAAACCUAUUUAUGAAUUCACUUAUUUCUCUAUUUACCUAUUACUUUAUUUAUUUUUUACUUACAUUUUGUGUAGAAUCUUCAUUUGCACUUUAAUUUAGUAUUGUUUUGCAAGCCUUCGUCAUGAAUAUGCCAAAGCAUUUGCCACUUUCUAAAUAUCCUCUUAUUUUUGUUCGCCACUUUAUAAACAUAUUGCAUGCAAAAAACGAUGAUACUGAAAUCUAUGCCAAUUUUAUGAAGUUUAGGAUUUUCGCCAAAAUCUAUAUGUAAUCUGUCGGUAAUAUUUCUCGGGAGUCUCACCAUAAAGAACUAUAGAGCAAUAAUGCAUGGUAUUUGUAAAACAUAAAUGAGUAAUAACUAUGACAUUUUAAACACACAUCAUCCUUUUAUCCAGUCCUCUAGUAGUCAUACAAACAUGGAAUAGGCCUAUCAGGGAAACGCCAGUGAGUGUAGUAUUGAAUGGAUAAGCCCAUGGGGUGGGAUAGGGAGAGGUCCUUUUGUAAAUGGUUAUGCACUGCCUGCCUCGUAUUUAUCUUAGUCUUAGAACCCAGAACAUCUCACCACCAAGUCUGUGGAACGAACGCCAGAGGCCCAAACGACGGCGGCGCUACCCCAUAUCACAUCUCUCACAAGUGGACAAGUAAGUUUAGGGGUCACUUACAAGAUAACUUUCACUGCAUCAGGGCUCAGAAUGAUCAACACAAUAAGAUGACCGUACUCUAGCCACGAUAAAGUCCAUUCAUCUUAUUAAAGCACUUCCUUAUACUAUGAACAAUUCAACUUUUUAAAGAUAGUAGCACAACAAGUAGAUUCAGGUAGAAAGGCCUUGUAUUAGCUAUAGGCUAACCUCUGUUUUUGUACUAUGCCGAUCAAAGGGAAAUAACUGUUUAUUGCAAGACACCUUGUACAUAACCCUUUGAUGAGUAUGAUAUUUCUACAAUCUGUAAAGAAUCAAAUGAAUCUUAUUUCUGGAGUUCUUUUCCCUGGGAUUUUUCUGCCCAGUAUUUGAACGAUGUAAAGCACAAUGGCACCGGGCAUUUUGUCUCACUUCAUAAUAAAGAAUGAAUAAAG